CCAGACGGGCGGACGGUCAGACGACGGCCGGAGGGGCGUCCUCGUGUGUUGGCUGUUGGCUUUGGUUUGUCGUUAGUUGUAGUGCGGCGUGCGCAGCGUGCGCCGGGGUGGCAGUGUUGUGCGGCGCGCGUUUCAGUUUGCGUAGAGUGCGUGCGUUCGGCAGUGAGUGGGUGUGGGUGUUUAAGUGCGGCUGGUGACACCCGCAGCACUCGUCGUUACGCGCCUCGUGCACGCGGCCGAGCAUGGCGGCACGGCGCGGCACGGCGGCGCAGGACACAUGCAUAUGCAUAGGUGGCCGUCGUGCGGCCCUCGACCAGCUCCUCGUCUAGGUUAGGUGGCACUCGGGCAGGAAUCGAGGCUGCCGUCCGCCAUGACGGCCGAGAAGAAGGCCGCCAGCAAGUGGCCCCACCUGCGCUACAGCCGCGCGGCCGCCGACCUGGGGCCCUCGCUGCACGGCCUGCACGGCGACGAGCUCCAGGGACCCACGCUGGGCGGCAGGGCGCGCCGGAAAAGAUGCGGACUCUGUCGGAUCACCUGCGGGGUCGUCGUCGCCGUGCUGUUCCUCUUGGUGCUGGCGGGCUCGGCGCUGCUCUGCUUCACCAACUUCUUCGAGACGAUGGUGCGCCGGGGGCUGGUGUUCCAGGAGGACGGGCCGCUGUUCGCGGGGUGGCGGCAGCCCGCGCUCAAGCCCCUGGUGCGCGUCUUCGUCUACAACUACACCAACUCGGACGAGUUCCUGGAGGGCCUGGCCCCGAAGCUCCGCGUCCAGGAGGUCGGCCCGUACUCGUACAGGGAGACGCUGGAACGGGUCAACAUUCGCUUCCACGACAACGGCACCAUGUCUUACAGCGAGAAGCGGACGCACGUGUUCGAGCCGACGCUGUCUGGCGGCUCUGAGGACGACGUGGUGACGGUGCCCAACCUGCCUCUCAUCGGCGCCAUGGCACGGGUCGUGAACGAGGGCGCCAUCGCGCAGUUCGCGCUCAACGGCGCCUUCCUCUUCUCGCCGCCCGCCCAGUUCGACCGCCUGCGCGCCAAGGACUUCCUCUUCGGCUACAACAACUCUGUCUACAACUUCGCCAAGGGCGUCUCGGCGCUGUCGCAGAGCGGCCCCGUGCCCAAGCUGGGCCUCAUCGCCACGCGCUCCGGCCUGAGCAACGACAGGUACACCGUGUUCACGGGCAAGGGCAACUUCUCCCUGCUGGACGUGGUGUCGCGCUUCAACGGCCGGGAGGCGCUGUCGGUGUGGGAGAGCGACGACUGCAACCGCAUCGACGGCUCGGAGGGCGCCUUCUUCAACCUGGACGCGCUGCGCGACCGCCGGCCCGUCCACGUGUUCAACGCGGGCAUCUGCCGGCGCCUGGCGCUCGAGUUCAAGUCCGAGACAACGGUCAUGGACGGCAUCCCCGCGCUGCGCUACGGCCCGCCCGACAACUUCUUCCACAACGCGCUGGACAACAGCGACAACGCGUGCUACCGCCACUCCAGCUUCGACACGCACCUACCCUCCGGCGUGUUCAACAACUCGGCCUGUUCCUACGGGUCACCAACAUAUUUGUCGUUUCCACAUUUUUAUCUUGGCGAUCCCAGCCUCAGAAAUGUGGUGGACGGCAUGGACCCACCAGAUCCGGAGAAACAUCAAAUGUACUUCACUAUUCAUCCCGUUCUGGGAAUGAAUUUAGGAGCGGUGUCAAGGAUCCAAAUAAACGUCAUGAUCAAGAAGGCUUCAUACGUCCCACAAUUGAAUCGUUUUGAAGAUGGAAUGAUAAUUCCAGUUGCCUGGAUAGAAACUAAUGCAAGACAGUUCCCAGAGGAGACAAAGAGAGCAGUGUAUCAUGCAACUUUCACUCUGAGAGCGGUUGAAAAAGGAAUGAUGUAUGCCUUCCCCAUCCUGACCUUUAUUAUGGCCUGCAUAUUAGCAUGCAUCAUAAUUCCAUGUGGAACAAAACGACCCAAAGAACCUCCCAUCCAAGUAAUCAGACUAUCGUAGUCUGUAUUGUGAUAGAAAAAAAGUGUUCUGUUUAGUGUUAAAUUGUUUGGUUUAAAAUAGUUUAUUAAUUGUUGUAGCCCUGUAUCUAUUACCAUGUUUGGAUAUAACAGGUAAAAAAUGAACUUAAGUAGGUGAUCUGCUUAAGUAAAUGGGAUUGCUGGUCUCCGCUCGAAAAUGUGCAGAUAUUGGACCACAGCAAAAGUUUUGGAGAAGUAAUCUUGGGAAGUGGAAUUUUGUCUCAAACACAAAUUGAAAUUGAGAAAGAUCAGCUUUGGAAAUUGUUUAAUUUCAAAUGCAUGACUUCCAACUUUCACUGUCAAGUUAUUUAUUUUCUUAAACAUUCCUUUAAAAUAGCAUGAAUUGUGGUUUUCAUUAUUUAUCAAAUGUAAUUGUGUGACAAAGAACUGAUUUAAAUGUAAGAUUUGAAACUAUGUAAAAUUAUUUAAGUUGUCUACUUUUUUAUUUAGAAAGUAAAUUGUUCAAUUUAAGUGUUUUCGAUAAGCGUAGUAGAUAUGUGUACUGUCUCCUGACAUGAUUGAGCUAGGGACCAAACAAAUCGUACAUUCAUCCUGAAUGGUGUACAUGAUUGUUAGUAAUUCAGUUUUGUCUUUUGAUAUGUGCCUUUUCCCCAUACUUUUGGGAUCCUUUGUGUCAUUCAAAUGUUUUAUGUACAACAUUUAAUUAUUAAGUUGGGAUUGUGGACACAGCUGUGAUGUGUUAGUAGUUGUGACUUAGGGGAACAAAUUCAGUAACUAGUUACUAAUCAUGUUUUGGUAAUAUUUCUUUGCAUUUGUUACCUCCAUGGAAGUCAUCGAAGGUUGUGAAAGCCGUCCUUUAAAGCGCUUACAAAUGAUAGCUGACUGCAUCUCCACCUUGUAUUAGAGGCUUCCUGCUCUGAAAAUGUGAAAGUUUUCCUCUGAUCUCAGUAAUAGAGACAAGUACGAAUGCAUUCGAAUUAGUUUAACUGGUGCAAUGUAGCGCAUAGUCAAGCGGUGUCAGUCAGCCCUUGUGUGAUCUUGCCUCUACCUGUGCCAUAAUUAGACAGGACACUGUUCACUGUGAUAUUUGUGAGUUUUUAUAAGUUAGUUAGGUAAUUAAUUCAUGAAUGAUAACUUGAUACUCAUUGAGUUUUACCGUAACAUUCCAGUCCAGAGAACAAUUGUUAACAAAUAUUUAAGGCUCUGAGAGUCUGCUUAACUCACUGUAUUUCCUGCUCAAUGUAUGUUUCACUUUAUAGAUACCAUUGCACUAUUAAGAGUGACUAUCUUUAAAACAAAUGUAUAAAACGUAUGUUUCAUGUCAAUUCCAUUUUUGGAUUCUCA